AUGACGCGUUUCCUACACUUGACACGUAGCCUUCACACAAAGUCAGAGUGCCGAAGUGAAAAAUCUGGUGCAGGUAAGUGUGCCGUUCUGUGUGCCUAUGACAGUGACUGUCCGAACAAUGAGAAAUGCUACAGCAAUGGACGUGGACGUCAGUGUAUGGCUCCAAAUACAGUUAAGUCUGUGCCCAAGCCUCCAGUGAUGCUUGCCGCCAAACUAUUCAAGCCUCCAAUGAAGCCCGCUGCUGAACUGUCCAUGCUUCCAGUAAAACCUGAUGUCAAACUGGCCGGGCCUCCAGUCAAGCCUGCCUGCGAACUGGCCGGGCCUCCAGUCAAGCCUGCCUGCGAACUGGCCGGGCCUCCAGUCAAGCCUGCCUCCUCCGGUGAACCUGCGCCCGAACUGCCCGAGCCUCCGGUGAACCCUGCGCCCGAACUGCCCGAGCCUCCGGUGAACCCUGCGCCCGAACUGCCCGAGCCUCCGGUGAACCCUGCGCCCGAACUGCCCGAGCCUCCUGUGAACCCUGCGCCCGAACUGCCCGAGCCUCCGGUGAACCCUGCGCCCGAACUGCCCGAGCCUCCGGUCAACCCUGCGCCCGAACUGCCCGAGCCUCCGGUGAACCCUGCGCCCGAACUGCCCGAGCCUCCGGUCAACCCUGCGCCCGAACUGCCCGAGCCUCCGGUCAACCCUGCGCCCGAACUGCCCGAGCCUCCAGUCAACCCUGGGCCCGGACUGCCCGAGCCUCUGGUGAGCCCUGCCGCUAAACUGCCCGUGCCUCCAGCGAGGCUAGUUUCAGAUCCCUCCAAGCAACCAGUGAAUCCUGCUGCUGAACCGCUUGCGCCUCCAAGGAAGCCUGCCAUCUACCCGCCCAAGCCUGAAGUGAAGAUUUCUGCCGAACUGCCCAGGAAUCCAGUGAAGCUUUCUGCCAAACUGUUCAUGCCUCCAAUGAAGCCUGCCCCCAAGCCUCCAGUGAAGCUUGCUGCAGAACCGCCCAAGCCUCCAAUGAAGCUUACUGCUGAAUGGCCUAAGGCUCCAGUGAAGUUUUCCGCCCAACUGUUCAAGCCUCAAGUGAAGUUUACCUCCAGUGAAGCCUGCCGCCCAAGCCUCCAGGGGUAAAUUGGAAACCCCUCACAGGUUUCCAGCAAACUGCCCAUGCCAAUUUUGCGUAACGCAUAGCCAACUGGAGUUCUGAUCAAUUCAGUGCUUUAUUCAAAUUGCAUGGUUUCACAAAAUAAAUGUUUAAGACUCC